ACAGACAGACAGACAGACAGACAGACAGACAGACAGACAGACAGACAGACAGACAGACAGACAGACAGACAGACGAUGGGUUUUGUGUGUGGGGUGUUUCUCCUGCUCUCUCUGCCUGCGCUGGUUCGGACUGAAGUAGUAGACGAUUUCAACACGUGUCCUGAUUUUUUUUUAAAUGAUGGUGGUCACUUUGUCACUCCAACGAUAUUUACUGAAGUGGACCAGCAGACACACCACGAUCGAUACCAGAAGAUAUGUCAACGGCGCGACAACAACAUUGCUAUUGGUAAUUAUGAGUUUGCGACUCUUUAUGACACUGUAAGCAAGAUCCCGGUGUUUUCAGCGUACAGAGUUCAUGGCAAAACACACACUGACAGAAACGCAAACUGGUUUAUCGAACCUCAACUUGACAAUCCAAGUGACGACCCUUUCCAGGGAACUGAGCAACAAGGAAGAGGUGUCGCAACAAUGGGCCCCUAUCAGGCUCUGAAAGAGGACUAUGAACAAUCCGGAUACGACAUGGGCCACCUGUUCCCCGUGUCGCACGCACACACGCAGGAAACCGCUGAUGCCACCUUCACCCUCACCAACGUGGUGCCCCAGGACAGGUGUCUGAACGAAAUCUGGUGGAGGGAUCUGGAAGGCAAAAUCAUAAAACAUUUAGACAAUAAUCUAAAGCAAAGAUUUUCAGAAGCCUACGUGGUUACCGGGGCUGUGCCGGGCAGGUCUACGAUCAGUAAUACCGUGAACGUGAACGUGCCUGGGUAUCUUUGGACAGCUUUUUGCUGCUAUAAUUUUAAGACCAAGCAAGGGGUGUCGAAGGCUCACAUCGCUCCAAACGACCGCAGUCAGCGUGUCAUUAAUCGGAAGGUGGCAGAUUUAGAAACAUUUCUGUCUGGGACUGAUGGUUAUAAUCAACCGUUCAGCAUCUUUCAGGGAAAAUGUAAUUCUGACUAUAACCAAUAUAUCUAUGAACAUGAUUAGAAUCCACCCAGAGCAGAGAGACGAGGUGCUGGCAGGGCUUUGGGAUUAUGAGACUGGGCUGCAGAUUAACUAAUUAAAUCUCUCAGUGCUUUGGGAUUAUUGCGCUGCAGAUAACAUGCAUUGAUAAAUGUUUUACAACUUGGGAUAUUUUGAAUAGAAAUUCAUUAACGAGGCAAGAACUGACCUGUCCACUUUAGAUUAGAUUAGAUCCAUAACAGGUUAAUCUAGUUAUAUAGUUAUCCAUAACAGGUUAAUCUAGUUAUAUAGUUAUCCAGAACAGGUUAAUCUAGUUAUAUAGUUAUCCAUAACAGGUUAAUCUAGUUAUAUAGUUAUCCAGAACAGGUUAAUCUAGUUAUAUAGUUAUCCAUAACAGGUUAAUCUAGUUAUAUAGUUAUCCAUAACAGGUUAAUCUAGUUAUAUAGUUAUCCAGAACAGGUUAAUCUAGUUAUAUAGUUAUCCAGAACAGGUUAAUCUAGUUAUAUAGUUAUCCAGAACAGGUUAAUCUAGUUAUAUAGUUAUCCAUAACAGGUUAAUCUAGUUAUAUAGUUAUCCAGAACAGGUUAAUCUAGUUAUAUAGUUAUCCAGAACAGGUUAAUCUAGUUAUAUAGUUAUCCAGAACAGGUUAAUCUAGUUAUAUAGUUAUCCAGAACAGGUUAAUCUAGUUAUAUAGUUAUCCAGAACAGGUUAAUCUAGUUAUAUAGUUAUCCAUAACAGGUUAAUCUAGUUAUAUAGUUAUCCAGAACAGGUUAAUCUAGUUAUAUAGUUAUCCAGAACAGGUUAAUCUAGUUAUAUAGUUAUCCAGAACAGGUUAAUCUAGUUAUAUAGUUAUCCAGAACAGGUUAAUCUAGUUAUAUACUGCAAACACACAAGAAAUCACUGCUGUUAAAUUCCUCUGAAUAAUAAAAAAAGCUUUGAAGCAUUCA